AUGCUUGAGCAUAUCAAACGUGUUUUGAAAUGUAACAACUACCCCUCACAUAAGAUCUGCACUGAGCUUCCCCCCUCGCGGAACCCUCAUGUAGGACAACCCAAGGCGAGAGUCAUUCUUCCAUAUCUGGGAGCAGCCUCUCACAAAAUUCAGAGGAUUUUGAGAGAAGCCAACAUUGAGGUUCGUCAUAGUUCCUCAAAUAAGCUUCAAUCUGCCCUCACUACCCAUAAGGACAAGCGCAACUCCAAGGACCUCCCUGGAGUUUACCGAAUUCCUUGUGAAUGCGGUAAAGUUUACAUCGGAGAGACGGGUCGUUCCUUCAACACUCGGAUUAAGGAACACAAGGCCCAUGGUAGGAGAGACGAGAGGGAAAAAUCUGCAAUCAUCGAUCAUGCCCAUACGCAUGAUCACCGGAUUCUUUGGGAUGAGAGUAGACUGGUCACCCGUGUCCCCUACUGGCAUCAGCGGAGAGUCAGAGAAGCGUUGGAGAUUGAGGAACAUAACACUGUUCCUCAAGACAGCGGCCUCCAACUCAGCAAUAUCUGGCUUACCGUUCUAGACAAAGAGGCUAAUUUGCCUAAUUAG